AUGAAUUGCGUAUCACCGGAGUUACUCAGCGGAAUCGUCUAUUCUUCCAAUGCAUGUGAUAUUUGGAAGGAUCUGAAGGAAAGGUUUGACAAAGUUGAUGGUUCUCGCAUUUUCCAGCUGCACAAGGAGAUUGCUAUUGUGAGUCAGGGAACCAGCACUAUUACGACCUACUACUCAAAAAUUCGAUCACUUUGGGCAGAGUUUGACAGCUUAGCUCCAACUCCUGAGUGUGAGUGUGAAAAGUCUAGGGAAUUUGUUGCAUUCAUGAGGCGUCAAAAACAUCUGCAAUUUCUGAUGGGAUUAAAUAAAACAUAUGAACAAGCAAGGGGCCAGAUUUUGAUGAUGGACCCAAUUCCAUCAGUUAACAAGGCCUAUUCUAUGCUGAUUGAGAGGGAAAGUCAGAGGACUAUGUCUAAUGUUUCUGUUGCAACUGAAAACUUGGAAUUCACAGCAUUAAUGACCACAUGA